AUGAGUGAUCUUGACAGAGCCAUUGCGCAGCUGCGCGCAUGCCGACCGAUUCCAGAGGCCCAAGUCCGUGAGCUUUGCCACAAAGCAAGAGAACUUUUGAUAGAGGAGGGUAACGUUGUUACUGUUUCAGCACCGGUAACGAUAUGCGGUGAUAUCCAUGGUCAAUUCCACGACUUGAUGGAACUCUUCAGGGUUGGAGGCGAUGUUCCGGAUACGAAUUACUUAUUCAUGGGCGAUUUUGUCGACCGUGGUUUCUACUCACUUGAAUCUUUUCUGCUACUACUAUGCUUAAAAGUUCGAUACCCCGACAGAAUGACGCUGAUUCGCGGCAAUCACGAGUCGCGCCAGAUCACCACAGUCUACGGUUUCUACGAUGAAUGCAUACGAAAAUACGGCAGUGCCAAUGUAUGGCGGUAUUGCUGCGAUGUAUUUGAUUACCUAGCCCUUGGUGCCAUUGUGCUGGGUGCUUCUAACACCAUGUCGCCCGGCGUGGAACCUGUCGACGACGAGACCGAGAUCGAGGUUUGCGACCAGAACGGCUCCAUCAUGAGCCGAUUCCCCCGACGCCGGCAAGGGGAUGGUGCGCAAGAGCAGGUCCAAAGCCCAGGUGGGACAGCAAUGGACAGGACAGGCCCCCCUGGCUCAGGCGCCUCGGGGUCCAGCGGUGGUACCGUCGGAAAUCCAGCCGGAGCAGUGCUCUGCGUUCAUGGCGGCUUGAGUCCCCUGGUCGACACAGUGGAUAAGAUUCGUCUGAUAGAUCGCAAACAAGAAGUGCCUCACGAGGGCGCCAUGUGCGAUCUUCUCUGGUCUGACCCGGAUGAAAUCGAUGGCUGGGGUCUCUCACCGCGAGGUGCAGGCUUCCUUUUCGGCGCGGAUAUUGUCAAAGUCUUCAACCACCGCAACGACCUCAGCCUCAUUGCACGUGCACAUCAGCUUGUCAUGGAGGGUUUCAAGGAAAUGUUUGAUGCUUCUAUCGUUACCGUUUGGUCUGCUCCAAACUACUGUUAUCGCUGCGGCAAUGUUGCCGCAGUUCUUGAACUCUCAGAGGAUGAGUCUGGCACAGGCCUCUUUGCUCGCAGCAAUGGUGAUGUUGGCAGAAGCGAUGGUGGUGCUGGAGCUAUAAUGGAUGGCAGCAUACCACCCAGGAGUGGACCUGCACGGCGAUACAGAGUCUUCCAAGCUGCACCGCAAGAUUCACGAGGAAUGCCUGCUAAGAAGCCAGUUGCGGACUACUUCUUGUGA